GAUCCCUUCUGUUUUUUUUCCUGUUGCUGUUUGAGCCUCGUGCAGUAGCUUUUGGCUCCGGUUACAACCAUAGUGGCGUUUACGUUUGCCCGUUGGAGUUGGGUUUGAUGUGGUGAUUUUUCUUUCCGCCGUUGGUGGACUAGCCCGCGCAUCUCUACAAUCCUUACUCUGCGUCGAUGGCGAUCCAGCAACAGGAGGUUAAGCUCUUUAAUCGUUGGUCGUUCGACGAUGUCGAGGUCAGUGACAUGUCUCUUGCUGAUUACAUCGCUGUGACUCCUCCAAAACAUGCUACAUACCUUCCUCAUACUGCUGGAAGAUAUUCUGCUAAGAGGUUCCGCAAGGCUCAGUGCCCAAUUAUUGAAAGACUUACCAAUUCUUUGAUGAUGCAUGGCCGGAACAAUGGAAAGAAGCUUAUGGUUGUCUGCAUAAUUAAACAUGCUAUGGAAAUUAUUCAUUUGCUUACUGAUGCAAAUCCAAUCCAAAUUGUGGUUGAUGCGAUCAUUAACAGGUAAUUGAAUUUUAAACUUGAAUCUCAUUGCAAGGAUGGGUAAUGAGGCAUACUACAUUUCACUUCUCAACCUUGUUUCAGAAAAACUUUUAAGACUAACCCAAGGCAACUAUCUAAUAAAUAAAGAUGGAAACAUUGUGUACUAGUUAUGCAUAUCAAAAUGAUUUUGUUUUUGCUUUGAUUUCAGGAUUGCAUGUUAAUCUCACUUGAGUGUGCUUGAAACUUGUAUAUUAUUUUUAUUAGCAUAAACAUUAUAUUAUGUUAAUCUCACUUGAGUGUC